AUGCUCCGUCUUGGGGCUUCCCCUCUUUUGAGGGCACGCACUGGCCUUCGGGCCGCUUCAAGCACCUCAAGCACCUUCGACUUCAUAGUGGUUGGGGCUGGGGCUGCAGGGGCCGUGAUCGCAUCGCGCUUGAGCGAAGAUUCCGCUGCAAAGGUUCUCCUUCUGGAGGCUGGGCCCCCUGCGCCUCCUGAGAGCUUCAUCCCGGCCGCUUGUGGCAAUCUGCAGGGCACAGCCGUUGAUUGGGCGAGGCAAUCACCGGGGGGCGGUGGUGGGAAAGGCUUGGUUGGAGGAAAGGUGAAGCUGCCGAGUGGCAAGAUGUUGGGCGGCUCAACCGCCAACAAUUACAUGGCAUAUGUGCGUGGGGAUCCAAGGGACUACGAUUCCUGGGCUUCCAAGGGUGCAGAUGGAUGGAGCUGGGGGGAGGUGUUGCCGUAUUUCAAGAAGAGCGAAGGCUUCGCGAGCUCGGCGAGCGGCCUCGUGGACAAAGACACGCAUGGCUUUGAGGGCCCCUGGGCCGUGAGCCACCGAAGCCAGCAGCUGGACUGCGUGUCCACCUUUGUGCAGGCUGCGCAAGCUGAGGGCUACACCCUCUGCGACUACAACUCCGAGGCAAGAGCCCAAGAAACGGACGCGGGAAAGGGCGCGGUCAGCCCACAUCAGUUCACCAUCCAAAAUGGCCGGCGGUGCUCGAUCAGCACUGCCUUUUUGGAGCCGCAUAUGGGCAAGCGCCCCAAUUUGACGGUUCGCUGCCAGUCGUUGGCUCAACGCGUGUUGCUGGAAGGAAAGCGGGCAGUGGGAGUAGAGUACCUCGACGAAGCAGGAGGCAAGCAGGAGGUGUUUGCAACAAAGGAAGUUGUGGUCGCUGGUGGUUCCUAUGCCAGUCCUGGCCUCCUCUUGCGGUCUGGCAUUGGGCCAAGAAAGGAGCUUGCAGAGGCCGGGAUUGAAACAAGGCUUGACUUGCCCGAGGUUGGCAAGAACUUGACGGAUCACAUGCUUCUUUUGAUUCCGAUCUCUGGCGUUGGGACAACCUUCACUCAGUUGCUCUCAGAGUUGGCUCCUGAGGGGGAAGGCUUCAAAAGGUACAUGCAAACAGGAGAGGGCCUGGCUGCAACAAGCCUUUAUGAAGCCAGCGCGUUUUACAGCAGUGGUCAGCAUCCUGUGAGUGCCGUUCAAGACGGUCAGAUCUCUUUUGGUUGCACUGCCUAUGUUCCAGACCUUUGGGCGAAGUGUUUGAAUUACGCGGAUUUCAACGAGGAGAACUUCCGGCUGGACGCCUUUUUCAACCCGGAAGUGCCCAGUUGCAACAUGGUGGCGACCUUGAACCAGCCCUUGAGCCGCGGAGAAGUUCGCUUGGCCGGGAGUGACGUGGAAGUGAAUCACAACUACUUGGCAGAAGAAGCGGACCUUCGCAUGUACCUGGCCAUUUGCAAGGAGGCCAUGCGGAUUGUCGAGCAGCCCAGCUUUGGCGAUGCCGAGGUGUUGAUCCCCAAAGCGUUGUCCAAGCGCUAUGGGAGCGACCUGGGUUCCGAGGCCCUGUGGGAAGCCUGGAUUCGAUCCUUCGCCACCACCAUCUACCAUCCGGUCUCCAGCUGUGCCAUGGGACGGGUGGUGGAUGCCGAGUGUCGCGUCUUCCACUUGGAGGGUCUGCGGGUGGCGGAUGGCAGCGUCAUGCCGGAGCCGGUGUCUGGCAACACCCAAGCAGCUUGUGCCAUGAUUGGCGAGAAGGUGGCCGACCUCAUGGCUUCACAGCACGGCCUCAGCCUUAAGGCCUAG